AUGGCGGACUCGGAGCGGCGUUUCAGCCGGGCGCUCUACCGCUCGGUGUGGUCCAAGAUCUACAAGAUCCGGCCCAAGCUCGUGCUCUGCCGCCGAGAUCGCCUGCGACUCCGGGCCCCGGGCCGGUGCGAGCGGCACCGGCGGCGGCGGCGGCUGCUGCGGGCGCAGGCGGCGCACGCGGGCUGCGGGGAGCGCGGCGGCGCGGCCGGGGAGGCCGGGGAGGCCGGGGAGCGGCCCGGGGAGCGGCCCGGGGAGCGGCCCGGGGAGGCCCGCAGCCCCCGAGCCGCCUCGCCCAGCCCGGCGCGCGACCCGCUCCCGCCCCGGCCCUUGGCCCCGUUCCCCUUCCCGAUCAGCGCCCUGCUCCCCGCCGCGCCCCGCGUCCGCUUCCCCAGCCCGCCGCCCGCGCGCGGCCCCCGCGAGAAGCGCCCGGUCCCCCUGGUGCGGCAGCUGGGCCCGGGCCGCGCGCUGCUGCUGCUGCCCGUGGAGGAGGAUUUUACUUUCGGGGGGACUUGUCGCCUGACUUGCCUCUACGGUGAGGUGGAGGUGUUUGGCUAUGCUAUCCGCCAAGGCCAGCCUCCCCAAGAUCUCUUCUCUACCUUUACACACGCUUUCCUGAAUAUCACUGCAGUUCGUUACUCCAUGCCUCCGAAAAGCAUGAAAGAGCUGAGGAGGGAAUUGCGGGCUUUGCUCAGAUCGCGUCUUACUCUGGAGGACAGAUCUUGGUUGGUAAAGAAUUUUUCUCCUCUGUGUUCCCUUGUGAUGCUAGAGCAGCUGAACAACUGCACUGUAAACUUCAUUACCAGCUUCCCAGGUUUAUCUUGCGUUUUCAUGCAAGAGAGUGGUCCACUCCAGAUCAAUUCUGAAACUUUAGCUUUGAGAUCUGUUGGCAUCAAAAAGGAGAAGAAGAAAAGAAGCCUUACCUUAACCGAGUCUGUCCAGUCGGCACUGCGGGAGCUGGUCAGUGUUGCUAGGGAAGAAAUGGAUGACUGUCUGGUCAUACUGGUUUGUGGUGCUCAGGAUGUUGGAAAAUCAACUUUCAAUAAAUACCUGAUUAACCAGCUGUUAAAUAGUGUUCCCUGUGUUGACUACUUAGAAUGUGAUCUGGGGCAGACAGAGUUCACUCCUCCUGGUUGCAUUUCUUUACUGAAUAUUACGGAACCAGUUCUGGGACCGCCCUUCACCCACCAGCGGACCCCACAGAAGAUGGUGUAUUUUGGGAGACCUUCUUGUAGAAACAACUGUGAGAACUACAUUGAGAUAAUAAAAUAUGUGUUCAGCUCGUACAAGAGAGAGUCGCCGCUGAUCAUCAACACGAUGGGCUGGGUGGUAGAUGACGGACUUCUGCUGCUCAUCGACCUCAUCCGGCUUCUGGCUCCCAGCUACGUGGUUCAGUUCACGGCGGCCCAUGCCAAAAGCAUGCCCGUCCUCACCCCAGAGUUCGUGGAGGGCGCCGACGGCUUGUACACGAAGAGCAAGUCCAAACACCGAAAUCGGUGCUUCGAAUUCCCGGACUUGGGCGAUACUUGGGAAUCUACUGACGAAGAGAAAGACAGCCCUGUGUUUUUGAAUGGACAUAAACUGUUAUACGUUCACUCAGAGUUUAUAUUUUGUAAAACUGUAAGAAAUAGAGAAUCACAUAACAGAGUUCUUCGAGGCCUGGCCGUAUUAGGUUACCUCAGCCUGCUGAUGCCUUCGGUGCCCAAACCACCAAGCUUCCUGCCCAGUCUGACGCCCUAUCAGGUCCCUUUUAAUUCGGUUGCUCUCCGGGUUACCCACUCUGACGUCGCCCCCACCCACAUCCUGUACGCCGUGAACGCCAGCUGGGUUGGCCUUUGCAGGAUCAUGGACGACAUUAGCGGGUACACCAGGGGCCCCAUCCUGCUGGCCCAGACGCCCAUCUGUGACUGUGUGGGGUUUGGGAUCUGUCGAGGUGUUGACAUGGAGAAGCGGGUAUACCAUAUCCUCACCCCUGUGCCCCCAGAGGAACUAAGGACUGUGAACUGUCUGCUCAUUGGCUCCAUCAGCAUUCCGCCUUGCAUCUUCUGCACCCAGCGUGGCCUGGAGGGAACCAUCCCUUACAUCACAGCCGAUUACAAUUUCAACCUUCCGGGCGCCUCCGAGAAGAUCGGAGUGCGGACGUUUACGGCGGAGGAGGGGAUGCAGAUAGAUCCCACGUUCUACCGCAAAGUAAAGUGACGUUCCCGCAAGGGGAGAGACUUCUACCAGAGCGCUUCCUCCAGCCCCAUGGCAGAAGACAGGACUCACGCGCGGCCCGGGCCCUGUUACCCCGUGACGGACAGUGUUGACGUGAUUUGUGGACGCUUUGUAUCAUCUUUUCUACUUUCUCCCUUAGUUUAGAUGUGGUGUAGACCAGGCUCUGGUCUUUUGUCUGGUUAAUUAUGUGUGUUGUCUGGUUUGGUUUCCAAAGAGAUCGUAAGGCAUGUGGAAAAGGUUUUAUAUUAAAGCUGGAGGAAUAGGA